GGCACCUGUCGGAAGGUUAUCGGAAGUAUUGUCGCCUAUUCCAAUGUGGCAGAUUAUUCCACUUUUACCAACAGAGAAGCGACGUGAUUGAACCAGACAUUAACGUGACUACAUGCUUUAUAUGUAAAGAAUACUCUUUUGAGUUUAAAUCAAGGAAAUUUCACUCAAGUUUGGAUGGCUGUUUCCUUAACCCUCGUCGAUCUUAGGCCUAGACCCACGCUUGCAAAGGUAAACAAAACUUAUGAAUAGCAUAGCCAUCAUAAUUCCCUUGCCAUAGUGCUACUGGUUAGAAAGAUCCCCAAGAUGAAAUUUCUAUUGUCUUGUAGCCGGUAGGAUCUCAGGAGGCUUAGAAAAUACCACCGGCUAGAGGUACAGCUUGCAUAUUUAGUCAACUUUGCCCAAUUAUUACUACGGUUUGCUUCACAUUUUAUUUUUUCUGCACUCUAAAUUAGUCUUACACUCCUUUGAAUCACUUCAAACAGACAUCCCAGUUCUAGAUUUGUUUAGGUGAUUAUUUCCUGAAUCCCGCUCCUCAAAAUCGCCUAUUGGGGACCCUCAAUGAUAUAUUUCUACUUAUACGUCUUUAACAACAACAACAGCAAUCCAUCGUUCCAUGAAGAACAGCUUCCUGCCAUUGCAGCACGCAGCAGCUUUGGCUGGAUAUUUCCUCACACAUCGACAGGCAGUUCACAAGUGAAAAUUUUCAUGCAAAAAAAAACCACAACAACAACAGUGAAAACAAUUCAAAUUAAUCGUUGUUAAUGCUCUACUUCCAGCCCAAUCAAUCCUUUCUGUAAAUCACUAUUGUUUUCCUAUCAACAAGUAAGAAAAAUUGAAUCAAUUGAUUCUCCUAGAGGUCAUUAUUUGGCGACCAUACCACUGACUAGGAGCCAAAAUGCCUUAAGUUAGUUACUGUGACAUCACCAAAAUCUAUUUCUGCGGGGUGGUAUCAAAGGAUGUAAGGAUUUUUGCAAGAUGAGAUUUUCUAGAACUAGCCUAAGGUACAUCAACUGAGACGAGUCCAUGAGUUAAGUGGUGAAAGAAAUAUGGUGGUUUUAUUGAGAGCAGGAUUAUUAUUAUGGAUACUAUUUACACUUACACAAUAUGAUUAAAAUUUACUUUUAUCAUUUCUUCAAGGAAUUGUGGUCUUAGCAAAUGUCCAGCUCUGUUGAAAAACAAACGCAAUUUAGAGUUGGUUGCUGCAGGUCAGCGUCAUUAACAGCAUUGCCCAAUGGCUCAAGAUGAAGAUUGUUUUAAGGCUCAGUCAAUUUAGAUUUGGUAAAACAUAUUUCUGUGGGGUGCUAUCAAAGGGUGUAGGGGUUUUGCAAGACAAGAUUUCAUAGAAUUAGCCUUAGAUACAUUGACUGAGAUGAGUCCAUGAGUUAAGCGGUGAAGGAAAUACGGUGGUUUCAUUGAGAGGGCAAUUAUUAUUAUACACUUUCAAGGGCAGGAUACUAUUUACAAUGACACAAGAUGAUUAAAAUGCAUUUUUAUCAUUUCUUUAAGGAAUUGUGGUCUUAGCAAAUGUCCAGCAAAAAGUUGCUAUGAAAGCGUCACAACGUCACAGGUAAUUUGAUAACUUUUAAGUUAAGGAUACACAGACCUUUGAGGAAAGAUGUUUUGGAAUUUUUUUUUUUUUUCAUGACUUUCCAAGCAUUGUUAUUUUAACCAUAGUUUUCAAGAAAAGUUUAGGUAUAAUAUUGAAACAUGUGGGUUAUCUACAAAAACGUAAUUUUGCAUUGAAUUCUUUAGCCUACAAUGUGUGAGUAGCCAGUUGUUGACUCGCGAAGAGUUUCUUGUGGCAAAAAUCCCUGGUCCUUGAAUGCAUGUGGGUUAUGUACAAAAGUGUUAUUUUGCAUUGUAAAAAAAAAUAUUCAGAAUCACCAUCCUUGAGACAAAUUGCUUUUGAAAAGGUUGUCAAAUCGAGAAAACAAUUUCAAAUCCUGGUUUAAUUCAUAGAUCCAGAAAUAGCUUUCAUGAUAAUUGAAAAUAUUUUACAAUCCAAGAAUCUUUCUUAAAUCCAGGAAAUUUUUGCAAUUGAGAAAAAUAUUUUGUCAUGUAACACUUGUGUGUGGCUGUGGAAUGGUGUUUUGCUAAAGCCUGAACAGUAGUAUCAUAAAGAAAUCCUCUUUCCAAGUAAUGUUCAGGGGCAGAUCUCUCAUCUGACAAACUGUGCAACAUGCUUUUCUUUUCGGGUCUAUUUCAUGUUCUACUUUGAUGGCAGUAUAACUCAUUGCCCACAAAUUCUUUUCCACAUUUGUAGCAGAACAAUGUAAUACUCUUGGUACAGUUUAGUCCGUUAACAUAGUUAGUGACUCCAGGUAGUGACAAAGUGGAGGGGAGUGAAUAAGCAAACAGAUCAGCGGAUUCUGACAGUGUAUUUGCCUAGAUUUUGGAUUCAGAGUGUAAUAUUGACAUAUUUGCAAAUCCUGCAAUGGUAGUGGUCUGUGGUUUUUUAGUGAUUUUUUGGGCCCAGAUUUUGGAUUUUGCUUGUGAUAAAGUUCGGAUCGUGGAUCUCAGUGAUUGUCAGAAAUAUUUUGUUUUGUUUGUUUUUGUGGUCUGUGUGGUACUGUUAUUUCUUCAUCAUGGUCAAGGCUCACUGAAUGUCACACAGUCUAGAGAAAUAGUAAUGCACCAUGGCCAGUAAGCUGAAACAUGUUGGCAAAGGGAUAUGUUGUCUUUGAGUUCUUAUCAGUUUGCGUUAUAUUUUUUGCUAACCUCUUGUAUUUAUAAGCCAUAGUUAGCAGCUAUUACGUGAAAUAUAUUUAAGGCAAGUUGAGAAAAAAUAUGGCCCCAAAUCUUUUUCCCAGCUUGCCUUUAAAAUUUCUCACAACUGCACCUGUUCCUGUUCAUAAAUCUGGCUAAGCCUUUAUGGUCUUUGACCCACAUAGCUGCUAACUAUGGUUAAUAAAUAACUGUAGGCAUUUAGUGUUUACUUGUAAAACUCCCUGAAGAAGUCUACAACAGUUUGAAAAAUUGGGUCACAGAAUAAAACAAGUUUUACAACAACAAAUUACUGUUUGCAGAGUGCUGCUCAAAAGUUGAGUUAAAAAAAAUGUUUAAAAAAUUGUUUAAAAUUUGAAUUUUAAAAAAUUAUUGUAUUUAGUUAAAGGUCCUAUAAAAAGCAUAAGGACAUUUUUUGAAAAUUUAUUUUAAUUAAUAGCUAACACACAAAAGCUCAAGGUACGUUUUUCACUAAUCUAGGUUGCAAACGGAUUCAGAUUUAACUUUUUCGUGAAAUGGAUCUAUAGAUUUGGGUUUUUAAAUCACAAAGGAUUUGAGGAUUCCAUACCCCUAUUCACCCCCUCCUAGUGCAACCUAGUGCAACACAAUGUGCUUUAUUGUGACAAAGCAGAGACUACUGGGGGAAGUGUCACAUGACAAUAAUUUUCUCGAUUUGGGGAAGUUUUUUGAAUUUUGGAUUUGGGUGAACCACUCAGCUUCAAACACUCUCUGGCUUCGAGGAGCAGUAGAAAAGCAGAUGAAGGGGAAAAUGACAUAUUAGAGUAUGAUUUCCUAGCAGUGAUGACGAAUCGGAUGAGUGAUUUCCAGAUGACAAGACCACAUGUGAUGAUGAUGACAUACCAUCUUUGGAACAAGAGGCUCCUUUUCACCAUGGAAGAUUUUCCCCAGUUUGGAAGUGUUUGCUUCAACAGCACAAUUGUGUUCAGUUAAUUUUCCUUUAUUUUCCUUCUUAUGGAACCAAUGGGAUUGCUGUCAAAUUUUGUUGUUAUACACUCUUGUUGACAUUGUUAUUUGUUUCUUUGAUACUGACCUGUCUUUAUGGAGGGUCCCUAAUAGGGUCUUUAAUCCUGCUAUCCCCACUUAAAUUUUGUCUCAGUCCUGUAAUCCCAAUGGUUUAUACUGGCCAAUCCCAAUCCCAGUCAUAAAUUUUUGUUCCUAGUUCAUUCCCUCAACUAAGGACCUUUUCAGUGGGUGAUGGUUUUUUUCAUCCAGCAUUGAUCCAUUGAAGACUUUGCUCACCAUAAGACAUAAAUUUAUCUCUUUUCACCCCAACAAUAUUGUUCAUUUUGAAGUUUUCAAAGUUUUGCAUGAAUAAUGUACACUUGUCAUGGUAACAACUUCCUUCCUUUUAACUUUGAUCACAGAUAAACAUAUCAAUAAAGACAGGUCAGUUUCAAAGAAAGAAAUAACAAUGUCAACAAGUACAUAAAAAAAAAAGGUGAUGACAAUCCCAUUGCUUCUAUUGCUUCCAUAACACAAUUCUUCUAUUGAAGCAAACACUUCUUCCAAUGUGGGAAAAAUCUUCUGUGGAUAAAAUGAGUCUCUCAUUCCAAAGAUAGAGUGACUAUCAUCACAUGCAGUCUCAUCAUCUGGAAAUGACUCAUCUGAUUCCUUGUCACUGCUGGGGUCUGGUUUUUUUUUUUUUUUUUUUUUUUUUGCUGCUCCUCAAAGUGAGAGAGUUUGAAGCUGACUGGUUCACCCAGCCAAAUUUCUCUCUGAUUGAGGUAAGACAGGAGAGUACCAGCUUUUGACAUCUGACGCACUGCUACUCCAAAUGUUUGUACUCAGUCUCUCAUCAUCUUUAUGUUCUGUGAUGCUAUUGGCACAGGUGAUAACAUUUGAUUAUCGGUAUGGCUGACAGGAUCAUGGCACAUUUGGGUACAGGAUACCAAGACUUUGAAUUUGUUAAAUAAUACACCACUCUCUUGGUUGUCCCCUUCAAGCCUUCUUUGGCUGCAUUUCCAAAGUUUCUUGUGCAAUUUAAUGCCAUGUAAAGUGGAUCCUUGUAAUAAAUGCACAACUGAGUGAUUGUUACACAAUCUCAUAGAAACUGCUGCGUGGGAGGCUAGACUUUUUUUUGGACUUUCAUGUAGAUCAAUUUUUCUCGUCAACUGACUUCCCACUUAAAGUGAUUGAUCCCUGAAUCCCAUCCCCUCAAAAUUGCUGAUUCCCGUGUCCCAUUCACAAUAACAAUCCUACGUCUCGCUACCUUGUUACUCUAAAUUCUUGGAUGCCGGCCUUCAAAUAAGCCAAAUCCCGGAUCCCGAAAAACCUAUUGGAGACCCUCUUUACUGAUGAUAUUUUCCAUGAUUGAAGGUUAAAAGAAGGAAGUCAUUACUGUGACUACCGUAUGUUAUUCUUGUAAAACUUUGAAAACUUUUAAAAUGAACAAUAUCAUUUGGGUGAAAAUAGAUAAACUUACACCUAACAGUGAGCAAAGACUUCAAUGUAUCAAUUCUGGUUGAGAAAAUCAUCAUCCACUGUAAAGGCCCUUUUAAGUUGAGGGAAUGGACUAAGAACAAACAUUUAUGAUCAGGAUCACAAUUGAUUGUGCAGACCAUCAAAAUUACAGGAUUGAAGUAAAAUUUUAGUAGGGAUUGCAGGACUGAAGAAGCCUAUUGGGGACCCUCUGUGCAUAGAAAGGUAGAGAACCAUCAUCUUUUUGGCAAAAUGGUAAUAGCUUGAUUUCAAGUGCAUCCCCCUUAGGGCAAGUGAAAGUUUUAGUCUUUGAAAAGUUACAAGUACCUAUUUACACCAAAUUGCUUUAGAAAUCAUGAAGCAAACAGCAAAGUUCCUUUUGUUACUUAGAAUUGAACCCAUUGUUGGUCGCUAAAUGAGUUUAUUUUAUUAUCAUUUUUAUAUUUUAACCCAAGAUAUACCCAGACAAGUUUGCAGAACGAGAGAUGAUGACCCUUCAGGUUUUUUGUCAAGCAAAUAGAGAAAAUGAAUGUCUUUGGAAAGGAAACCUUGGAGAGUUAGAGGUAUUUUCUCUUGAGUUUGUCAGAAAAUAAGGUUGUUAAACCAAAGUUUCCUAAGAAGGAAAACAAAUGGAAAACAGUUGCUUUGUAAUUUGGAAAAUCUCUUUUGUUUUUGUGUGAACUUUGUGAGAAUUGUUAUUAAUUAAAUAAUUAUUUCUUGAAAAUGGAAGACAUUAUAUUAACAGCAAUAGAGUGGAUCUGUAUUUUAUCAAUUAUUAUUUAAUAGGAAAUAUAAUUAGAAAGUGACAUAAUUAAAGCUAAUUCAACAAUCAACUCAGUUGAAAAUCAAUAAAUGUUUAACAAACAUACUGGUAAUGGCUCAUUUAGUAAGGAAGAGAUGUACUUUCUCUAGAAGAUACACACAUCAGAAAAGGUGCAUUCUUUUACACAAAGUAAAGAUCUUGGCAUCACAGCAGACAUACUUAGAUUAUCCAAAAACUGAAAAGCCCCUCGAAAAAGAUCCCAUAGACUUUUGGUAAUUUUCUUUCUGCACAUUACUUAAUCUGCUGGCAAUCUAAUAAGGUGUAGAGACAACUGUAAGUAGCAUUGGCUCCAGGUAGAGAAAUAGUGCAAUUAAAAAUGACCAAUUUGCAUCUGUAUAAUAGAAUCACCGAAGUGAGUGUCCAUUUGUUAUGGUUGGCUGCCCUAAUGACUGUGAGAAACAAGUAAAGCGGAAAGAUCUCCAGCAACACAUGGCAGCAGAAUGUCUGCUUAGGAAAAUCUCCUGUGAUUAUUGUAAUGAGGCAGUUUUGUGGAAUGAAUUGGAGGUAGACAUAGAUUUGUUAAUUGUUUUUUUCAUACUUUAAAAUCACAUGGUAUUCCCUACUGAUAUUAUUUGUGACCCUGAAUUGUGUAAUACUAUAUAUCAUAUGAUGUGGAACCCCUCCCACACAAUCCCAUAGAAAACCUUUAGUAAAAACAGACCUGUAUGGAGCAGGAUGAGUUGAUGUGAGCUGAUCUCAAUUCGCUCUCCAGUCCCACACUCACACUCAUAAACUGCAAGUUUUUUGUUGCUCUAAAGAAAAUAAGAAUUGAAAAAUCUUUUUUGUGGUUGUCCCUCAUGCACCCAUCUAUCACAUUCCCAUUGGGUUGAACAACAUUUUCAACAAUUAUUAUAUAGUCAUAUGAUAAGAAGCUUAUUGAUUGAGUUUGGUCAGGCCAGACAGGACAACAUUUGGCUCUUGAGCUGAUGAUUUUUCCAGUCCAGUGCGACCAAACUCAGUCAAUGAAUACAUAAUACAUUAUUAUCAAGGAAUGUCAUCUGACAUUUUUCACUAUACAUUUAAUUAUGGAUGUAUGCUCCAAAGGCUUUAUUGCUGGUGCACAUUUGCAGAAGGCUAAGACUAUGUAUUGAUUCAGAUCAUUUGUUUUGGGGAACUCCCACCCUCCCCCCCCCCCCCCCCUUCACCCUUUUCUCAACUCUGUUGUUUAAUUGCAGAAAAAGGUAAGGGCUAACUCUUAUGGAAAGGACUAGUUAAUAAUUUAUUAAAAGACAACUACAGGGGCUAUGAUGAUUUGUUUGUUUCCCUCACAUUCUUUUUUUUUUUAGGUAUUGAUCCUAUUAUAAUGUGAAAGAAUUUUGCCUCCAAGCAUCCUUCCAACAUUGGCGCUCUUGUGAUUUGCAAAAAAAAAAAAAUUUAAUUUUCUAUUAUUGUUUAAUUUUUAUACCUCUUCUUAAGUGGUUGUAAAAUAACUUUCAUAUCAAAAUCUAUACCAUGAGACAUAAUUUAAGCAAUAACUAAUGCUUUUUUUGGUUUCAGCAACAUUUUGAAAACUGCCCCCAGUAUCCACAACGAUGUAACAUGUGUGAGAAAGAUGGUAUUGAGAGAGACAAGGUAAGAUCUUUCUAUUUGAUUUAGCAAUUCUUGUAAUUAUAUCAGUUGAAUCAGAGAAUCUGCAAUUAUAACAAAAUGAGUGUCAUUAUCUUUACAAUAAGCAACUUUGCAAAUGCUGAGGUCAGAAUGAAUGCUGGGAUUGGCCAACUUAGCACCAGGUCCCUUCAGGGGGAUUGUUGUUUCACCAUGCUUCUAUCUCUAUUGUUGUGUGGGAUGCAAACCUUUUCUCUUUCUCCUCAGCCCUUUGGGGAGUUAAUGGGCUGAGGAGAUCAUUGGUCUGUGUAGGCAGGUGAAAAUGACUGUAGACAUCAGUACAAGGUACAAAAUUUUAACCUCUUAAAUUUCCAACUUGUGGGUUCAUGGGGCAGAGGUCCAUAAUUAAAGUUGGACAAAGAAGAGAAAAAAAAGGAGGGAUUGUGCAUCAAGACAAUGAAAAAAAGCUGAAAAUGUCAUGAACAAAACAUUUCUCCACAAACUGUAAAUAACACAUUUUAUUUAAAGUUAUGUAACUUACAGGAUAUCUUUGUUUGUUACUUGUUCUCCUCAGUCCAUUGUGGAGCGAAAGGAGGUCUGCAAACAUACUCUUUUUCAAACAUUUGAGAAACUACAUGCCCCUUGAGAAACCUAGUGUAGGGUUGACCAAUCUCAGCAUUCAUUUGGUUGUAGUAUUAGCAAAGCAGUUUACUCUCCAUUUAUCACAAACAGAUUCCAUGUUGUGGUGCAUCUGUUCAGUAGUAGACCAUAAAUGACAUCAUGAGGACAUGGAAAGAGGAAAAAAGGGGUAUGCUAGGCCGAGCUGAGGGUGUCACUACAGGAUGAUCCUGCCACAUUUGGAUGUCAUCUGUGAUCUAUAACUGAACAGAUGCACUGCAACAUGAAUUCUGUUUGAAUUUGAAAGUUUCCUUCAUCUAUUACUUUGGUGUUAUCAAAGUCGCCAUACAGUAUGGUUAUUACAACUCAGGUAAAUUGCAAAGCAACCAGUAAGAAUAUUGAAAAAUCCCAACAAUUUUUUCAAGACCAACCCAUCAAGAUUGAAACUGUGCAGAGGAUUUACUUGAGCUGUCAGAUUUUAUAUGUGAUUAAUUUGCUUAAAGGAACAUUGUCCAUUUUGAAUUGUGAUGCCCCAUUUGGUUUACAAUUAGAUCAAGCUGAAAAUAAACAAUUUUCGUCAAAUAGUGCAUUUCACAACAUUUCUAGUGAUGUAUAUCUGUACUUUAUGGUGGUAUGCUUUAAGUAGCAUGUUAAAAUUUUUUGCAAAGGAUACCCGUGAUUGUCUACCUUAUCCUUACUAUCUUUAAUGAGAUUAAUGAACAUCCCACUUAUUAUACUUCCUUAUAAUUGUACAAUAAAAUAUUGUGUGUAGCCUAUAGUUACUAAAGCAAAUAUUUUUGGUUCUGAUAUUAUUAUGCAUUGCCUUGCUAGAUGGAAUACCACUUGGAACGAGUGUGUGUAAAUGUGAGAAUUAAAUGCCCCCUUCACACUUUCGGAUGCUCAUUUGAGGUAUUUAUUUGAAUAAUUAUGUAUAUGGCCUUGUGACAUUCAAGUAUACAGUUGACCCCUGAUAACUUAAACCUGGAAAUAAUGGGAAAUUGAAAAGGGUUUGAGUUGUCUGGAGUUUGAGUUAUUGUGAGUUAAAAACAAAGGACUAUAGAAAUACUUCAGAAACAAGUAAAAACAUUGUUUGAACUGUUUUUCUAUUUAUACAUAUAUUUUAAUCAAACAUAGAUGACACAUUUGUGUAAUACAAAAAAGGCAAGGAGUACAUGGCUGCUUCAAAUAAAUAAAAUGUUUUGGGCUGCAGUAUACUGUUUGUUUUGAUUUGUUAUGUAUUGACAGAGGUAGUUUCAUGUUUGGAUUCUUUUGCUUGCAAGUCACACAGUCAGGCUCUUUGACAAUGGCCAGUUAGAUUGCAAGGAUUCUAUUAGUUAUGCAAUUAUACAUUUAAAAAAAAUGACAGCUGUAUUUUAGAUAUAAUUGCCAAAAUUAAUUGAUGUUUGAGGGGUUACCUUCUCUUUGGUCGUUGUUAUUGUUGUUGCUGUUGUUUUUAAAAUAGACAUAUAACAAGUAGAAAACAUUUUUGAAAUAAAUCACUAUUAAGUAGACAACUGACUGGUUUGUAAAAGGAAGAGAGAAUUUUAAACAAUUUAACUUACAAGCAUGAAAUGCUCAUAGUGGAGCUGUUUACAUUACCGACCAUCAAUAUUCUCAGGGAUGAAUUAAAUUUCUUUGUGUUGUCUCAAAUUUUGUUUCUUAUCCAAGUUGUAUUAAUUUUACUCACUUUCAAAUUUUACUUCCUCUUCCAUGUUAAUUGUGAGUAUGAAGUCUUGAGCUCUCAGGAAUUUAAUACUUACAGCAGCUAAAAAGCAAUAGCUCUGAGGUUUAAAAAUUUAUUAGUGUUCCCAUAACCUAUUGAAGGCCUUCACAUGAUUGAAACUUAUCUUUGCCAACAAGUGUUUGACUCUCAAAGAUCAAAGAUGCAGGGUUUUAUCAGUAAAUGUGAGGGGGGGGGGGGGGGGAUACAGGGGGUCAUGGCGUCCCAUCUCCUGUACCACAUUCUCUUUCCUCCUGGACUUUUGUUCCCAUCUGCCUCCCAACUCCCACUCUUCAUUGUAUUACUCCCAUCUUUGGGUCAGUAAUAAGUAUUAGAAACCUGGGUUAUUAGCGAGUUGCUAAAACAUAUUAUUCUUAGAGGGGGUAAGUUUCUAAAGAAACUGGUGCUGCGUCGGUGGGAGAGUAUAGCAGGCAAUUUAGUGUUAACAACUGAGUUGAAAACUUUAAUUGGUCACCAUAAAGGGUAAAAAAGCUGAUGUUUCGAGCAUUAGCCCUUCAUCUGUGGUGCUGCAUUUUUUCAGGGGAGGGGAGGUAAUUUACUCAAGAUGAACAUCAUCACACGCCAGUUUUCACUGACCUGAUUAUCACAGUUUGACGGGCAAUUCACUAUAGAGAAGAAAUUUUAAGUCCACUGUGUCAUCCAAUAGCUAUAAUUGUAGUUUGAAAUGUGCUUAAUGUGUAUUUGACCUGACUCAUUUAAACUUGUUUGCUAGCGAAUUUUGACCAUUAAUUACAGCUCACAAGAUACUGACAAAUUCAUUCAUGACCUAUCACAAAACUGACUUGGAUAGGUAUCUAAUUUCACCAGUAUUCUGCCAUUCUUUUCAACCUGAGAGAAAAGUUUUACUUUCUUGCUUAUAAAGUUUUAUUUUACACCUUCUCCAGUGCUCCUGCCCUCCUGUCCCCCUCUACUAAAUAAACUGCAUUAAAUAUAAAUUUUCCAUCUUUGGCAUGUGGAAGCAUUACAUAAAUGCAUUUGUGUGUCAUCUCUCACAAUGAUCUUUCUACUUUAAUGCACAUCUUCAUUAGUGAGUUGUCUCACAGACUCUUUGAUUUUACAGGGUCUUCGAUCUGAUGUGAACAAACAUAUCAUAGAGCAGCUUUCAAGUCAUGUUGACGACUGCUUAAAAUUUCAUCAACUGCAAGAAGACCAGGAAGGAAGGCUGACCCAACAACAGCAAAGUGAAUUAGAGGAGCUAAAGAAUCAUUAUACCCAGCUAAGUAAUGAGGUGCUUCAUCUGGAAUGCCAAUUGAAGGCAACUAAGGAAGCACAUAUGAGACUUGAGACACCACUGCAUGAACAAGAAAUUAUGUAAGUUUGCCCAGAGCUGGAUAAUUAAUGAUAACUUUUAGGAAGCUAGCUUGGGAAGCUAAAUUUUCAAACACUAUUUCCAAUAAUCUUUACCUGAAUUUGCUAAGAUAAUUGCACUUUCUUUUGGUGCAACUUAAACUGACUUAAAAUAAAUCUAACAUCCAUAAGGCAGGAGCAUCACAGGCUGAGUUUCUUUCCAUUGUACCCCAUGUAUCUUGAGUUUAAAACAGUGACUUUGUUUUCCCUAAUGAACAGCAGCAACUUUCAUUAUCCCAAUUAAAAUUAUAGGUUGAGGAAGCAAGCAGGACGUUUUUGUGAUGGAACGUAUACCUGGAGGAUAGAAAAGUUCAGAGAUUGUCUCCAAGGUGCCAUCAGUGGAACACACACAGCAAAGUACAGCCCACCAUUUUACACCAGUCUGUAUUACGGGUACAACCUGUGCAUGCGAAUCAGCAUGAAUGGUGUAGAUGAUGGUGUUGGCACACACAUGGCAUUGUUCAUUCAUUUGAUGCGAGGUGAUUAUGAUGAUUUCUUACAAUGGCCAUUUGCUAAAAAUGUCAGGUUGUCCAUCUUGGAUCAAUCCGAAGGUGAAGGGGAGCGUCAUGAUAUCAGCAAAACCCUGGUGGCUGAACCUCAAUUGCAAGCAUGUCAAAGACCAGAGGCACCGCACAACUACUAUGGAGUGGGUUACCCAAAAUUUGCCCCCAUUGAGCUGAUUUGUCAGCCACAUUACACCAAGAAUGAUACCCUGCUGGUAAAAUUUGAGAUGAUUGGUUAGUUCAGCACUCUCGUGACUUGCUUAAAGUCUUUAAAACAUAUCAGUGUUUGUGGAAAGAUCAAGAAAGAACUCUGGCAGUUAUGUGUGAUUUUAGGAUAAUUUUUAGGCAACAUACAUGUAAUGAACAUUCUAUUCAGUUUUAACUCUUUCACUUUUAUCAUUUGACAUUCAUGAUUAUCCUCCUACUGAACUUCCAUGCAUAUACAUGUAUGUCAGUUCUAUCUACCAGCUGAUCAAUUUUUCAUUAAUUGUGGUCACAGAUCUGUUUGUCAGUACAUGACGUCAAAAAAUGUUACAAAGUGAAAGGGGUUGUUUCAAAAGUGCCUGAAUGAUUCUUUUAACCUAAUUUAGUUGGUAAUUUAAAAAGUGGUCCUGUUACAUUGAUUUGUACCUUUUUUUUAUGUAACUUGAAACAUAAUUGUACUUGCAUUGCAACUAAAAACAGUUGAUGCCAAUAAGUUUUAGUGAAUGAACAUUAUCAGGAAGUAGAACAUGUUUCUACAUAAAGGUCAGGCCCCUCACAUCUGUUGUUGUACACAAUUUUUAUAAAAAUCAAGGAAUCUUUUCCAUAACCUAUGAGUUAAGAGCUAUCCCCUAAAAAGAGUAUCCUCAGAGAGCUUUAACUUUUAUAUUUUUUUUUCCUAAGCCUAGAACAUUUUGCCAUUCUCUGUUUGGAAAGUACUUAAUUAAGAAAAAAAAAUUAUUUUAAGUUUGCCAAAAGUAAACUGUGAGUGAAGCAACAAGGUUAUUGUUUAAUGUUAGAGUACUGAUUUUUAUGUAAAACAUUCACUGGUAAUUAACAUUUUUUUUACAUUGUUGAGUACAAUUCAGGAACAAAAGGGAACAAACUCUCCUUGGCACCAACCCUUUUAACUGCAGGUCUCUAGGAGUUAAUGAGUUCAUUAAGAGUGUUCUUGCAUUUCAACUCUAUAAAUAUAGCAAGUGUUAAACUUAUAAGUACAUCCAGAAACUGGAAAGAUUUGUUUUUACGAGUAAUUAACUAAAAAGAGCUGCUAUUAAAUAGUAGAUCAUUAGUUAACUUUGGACUUGAUCAGACCUAGGUAAAACUUAAGCUGGCUUAUCCAAUAGUUAGUUACACACAUUGUAAGCUCAAAAAAUUAUGGAAUGGUUGUGACUGUGUAUUUUUGUUCUAAAGAACUGAUAACUGUGGGUGAAACUGGGGAGCAUGCAGCUUGAAGGGUUCUUAGAACAUAUUAUAGAGAAGAUGUACAGCUAUGCUACAAUUUAAAGAAAUAGGAUAUGUAUCAUGCAUAUCUUAUCUGGUUCCAUUUUUCAUCUUUGAAGCUUAAACAAAAUUUGUGGUUCCAUUAUUUUUUGUACUUUGGUGAGGAGAGGUAGUAUGAGGUUUAAGCAUCUUACUGGAAUCAGAGUACUUUAUGUGCAAUCUUUCCAGUAAUUAUGACACUGUUGGAU